CAGCACUUAGACACAGGGGCAGACAUAGGGGCACUGAUUGGGGGAGAGAUACAUAGACUAGACAGAGGGUACAGACAGAAAUACUGAGAGGCACAGAGAGGGAGAGACAGGGAGGCAGAGAGAGAGAAGUGAGAGAGACAAACGGGGGAGGGACAGACACAUUUUUGUACACACAAAAACAUAGACGACAGACACCUCUCAGACACACUUCACAGACACCUCUCAGGCACGAAGACACUCACUUGCACUCAGGCAGGCAGACACAGCCCUCUCACAGGGUCCCGGGACAUACAGAAGCUGGGAAGUUCCUGCACCAUGCUGCUCUUUCUGCUGCUCUCCGUGCUGCUCCUCACUGCUACCCAGUGUCAUCCUAUAUCAGAUGGGGACAUUAUGCCGCCAGGUGGCACAUGCUGGCUCCUACAGGGCACUGGAUCCACCUGCAGCCUGAUGCUACUGAGUGCUGUGACGUGGGAUGAAUGCUGUGGAAAUGGACACCUGGACACUGCUUGGUCAAAUGUCACCGACCCCAUGAACAAGAUCAGUUUGUUAGGCUUCCUAGGUCUAGUCAACUGUCAACCAUGUCGAGAGAGCUGUGAGGGAGUGCAGUGUCCCUCUGGGAAGACUUGUGUCCUUAAAGAAAGUCGUCCCAUAUGUGAUUGUGCCCCGGACUGCUCAGGACUAGACCCAGAGGUGCUGGUAUGUGGUUCUGACGGACACACAUACAAGGAUGAGUGUGAGCUACUCACCAACAAAUGCCGUGGGCAGCCAGAUCUGGAAGUUAUGUACUACGGAAAGUGCAAAAAGUCCUGCUCUAAUGUGGUCUGUCCAGGGACACAUUCCUGUGUGGUGGAUCAAACAGGAAGUGCACACUGUGUCAUGUGUCGCUCUUCCCCAUGCCCACUGCCCCCUGCUUCUGAGUAUAUGCUGUGUGGGAACAACAAUGUUACUUACCCCUCUGCUUGUCACCUGCGCAGAGCCACCUGUUACCUGGGCCGAUCCAUCGGAGUCCGUCACACUGGCAGCUGUGCAGAUUUCACCAAAUUUUCCAUGGAUUUGGAUGAUGCUGUAAAGAAUUUUGUGUGAAGACAGCGUGAUGUGAUUUUAGCAUGGACGCACGUGCAUUCCAUGUGUAUAUUGUACAUACAGCGAGGCAUAUUUAUUAACUGGAGGUAUUAUUUAUAUGUAUCAAACAGGCUCCUCUUCCUGUGAGUGCAGACAUGACCAGGUUAGAAUCUGGCAAAUGAAAAGAUGGAACUUUAGAUUUUGUCGGAAAAAAAAAAGUAUACUGUUUGUAUUAAGGUACAGUGAGUCUGUCCUGUUUGCCAAUAAUGCUUGUCUGAUCAAAGAUUGUAAAAAAGGUUGACAUGCAUAAGGGAUUUACAGGACAUGGAGUCUGUCCCAGCAUGAACAGAGUGAUAGCUGCCUAACAGGAAUAUGCACUUCCUACCAGAGGGCAAAACAACCAUACAAACAAAAAGGGAUCUAGGAUAAGGAGUCUGGUUUUUUUACUGUCUAAUUCUGGCAAAGUGACAGACAGGAGGGAGAUUUUGGAACAUCAAAUAUAUCCCUGGCUCUGUUUGUAUUUAGAAUUAAUUGCUUAUGACUAAAUACAACUGCAGGAAGGUGGUAGCUUAUAUGUUUGUAACUCCGUGCAAUGCUACACACAACAACAUUUUGUUUAAUGUUCAAUUCUAUGUGCUGCUCACUUAAAAUUCUCAGAUCACAGUGAUAAAUUUAUAUUUUUAUAUGUUUUUAACUUUUUUUUUUUAAUGACAUUUGUCUGAACAAAAUCAAACAGGUAGCUGAUUUGUGCCUGCAGCUCUGUAAAACUUUCACUUCCAAAACAAUUAGACUCUUAUCACGGCUCCGUAGCAACAACUCCAUUUUGCCCUCUUGUGGUAAUGUCUGGGACUGCAAAUCAUACAAACAUGCUGCAAAGUAUUUUUUACUGGAAUCAUUAAAGGCAUAUGAAACCGUGCACCUUUAGUAAAAACAAAUAUGUUAACGCAAAGUAAAUAUAAAAAGAAACUGAUUAUGUUUUAAAAUAAGCAAACAACAUUUACUUGCAAAAUAAUUACUUUAGUGAGUUAAGAGAGCACACAUGACAUAACUUAAGUUCUACUGUCACAUGAUUUAUGCAGCAAAAGUACUCUAUUGAGCAUGAGCUAUAUACUACAGAUAGAGUAGAUGUCUCCUUGCAACUAGAUAAAGGAAAAGCUAUUCCUUUGCCUUUCUGUAGAGUCCACAGUCCCCUUGUGGGGCUGUGACAGGAAGCAGUUGACCCUGCAUAAAUGAAGUUAAGAAAAAGAAAUAAAAGAUAAAAUACUUUUAAAUAAUGAAUAAUGCAUAUUGCUAUGAUUUCUAUUUAGUAUAACCCGCUGCUUAGUGCUUUGUCAUUACAACAAUGAAAUAGACUCAGUAUUUUCCACAGAAAAUGUUGCCAGCCGCAUGGCAUUUUGAAGUAACCGGGUGGGGGGCAGUGUAAUAUUUUCUAAUAUUAGAGCAUUUUCUGCUAUCCAAAGCACAAAUUAAUCGCAUGAUUUAGCAUAAAUGUAUUUAAUGAUAUAUUUUUUUAAUAUUAGCUUAUUUUAGCUUACUAUUGACUAGAAUUCUAGCAGGGUGGUCAGCAAAAUCAGCCGGGUGCUGCACCCACUAAAAAGGUACUGGGGAGAACACUGAGACUGUUUUAUAUCACUUUAAUAAUUCUGUCUACCGAGACACAGCUAUCCAAUAGUUGUAUACUGCUUCUGAGCACCUACACUUAAGUGUGAAGGGACUUAAAAAACGAAUUAAUAAUCAGCCAGAUUACGAGUUUUGCGUUAUGGCUGCUCGCUAAUAACUUGCAAGUUAUUUUCACUGCUCACCUUUCAUAGCGUUGCUAUUACAGGUUUCCAAAAACCCGGCUUGUGCGGGCGAUAUGGUUGCGUUGAGCUCCAUGCCUCACCCAAAUACAAGCAGUGUUUUAACGUGCUCGUGCACGAUUUCCCCAUAGACAUCAAUGGGGAGAGCUGGCUAAAAAAAAGCUUAACACCUGCGAUCGCGGAGCGUAAAGCUCCGUAACGCAGCCCCAUUGAUGUCUAUGGGGAAAAAAAUGUAUGUUUAAACCUAACACCUUAACAUAAACCCAGAGUCUAAACACCCCUAAU